CCCAGAUUACCCCUGGGUCACCCCCAUGACCCCCCGGUCUUGUCCGGUAUCCGCACGCUGCUCCGUGCCGGCCUCCCACCAUGUGGCUAGACCGCAUUUCUGGCCACUCGACGCCCUCCGGUCCCCAGUUCGAUAGUCGCAGCAACUCACCACUGCCCCGAAGAACCUCCUCCCGCCUCGCCCCCAAUGCCCCCAACAACCGCCCCGGCUCGAAUCGCCAGGGCUCCUCGCUCUCCAUCUUGUUGACGCCAAGCGAUUCGACCACCUCUCUCCCCGCGACGGCCCGCGAAGGCUCAGCUCCGAGACAAGGCACUGCAAGGUCCCGCCCAUCCGAUGUCGCGGACCCAUUCGAGGUGUUGAACGGCAUCAUUGGCAAGCAGACCCAGCGGGAAGACAGCUCGACCACAUCGACGGAGUCGAAACCCUCGGGGCUGGUGGAGGACAUCGACUUUCGGGGCCUCAGUCUGGAGGACUUUGCCGCCCAGGAUGACGAGCCCCGACGCACCCUCCCAACCGAUGUGGGCGCCCAAACCAUCCAGCAGUUCGAGAAGGAAAGGGACAAAUUCCAGGACCUGCACUCGGCGAUCACCGGCUGCGACGAUGUCUCCAAGUCGGUGGAGAUGUACCUGAACGACUUCCAGAACGAACUCGGCGCUGUUUCCGCCGAGAUCGAGACGCUCCAGUCGCGCUCCAUACAACUGAACGCCAUGCUGGAAAACCGACGCAACGUCGAACAGCUGCUCGGGCCGGCGGUGGAGGAAAUCAGUUUGUCCCCGAAAGCGGUCCGGCUGAUAGCGGAAGGGCCCAUUGAUGAGAACUGGGUCAAGGCGUUGAAUGAGAUCGAGACGCGGACGGCCAGCAUCGAAGCGAGGGUCUCGGGGUCUACGAGCAACAAAUCCAUCGAAGACGUGCUGCCGCUCUUGGUUGACGUCAAGAAGAAGGCUGUCGAGAGGAUCCGAGACUACCUGGUGUCGCAGAUCCGCGCCCUGCGAUCCCCGAACAUCAACGCGCAGAUUAUCCAGCAGCAACGGCUGGUCAAGUUCAAGGACCUGUACAGCUACAUCUCCCGCGCCCACCCGGCGCUAACGGGCGAGAUCACCCAAGCGUACAUCAACACGAUGCGGUGGUACUAUCUGUCUCACUUCACGCGUUAUCACCAAGCGCUUGAAAAGAUCAAGAUCUACCCGAGCGAUCGGAACGAGGUGUUGGGAGGGGACCCGACCACCCACAAGACAGGCAAUAUUGUUUCCGGCGGCCGAGCUGGCUCUGCGGCGCAUGACCCGUUUUCGCUUGGACGACGCGUCGACAUCCUCCGGACGGGCAACCAGAUGGCGAUUUCAUCCUACAUCGCGGAGGAGGACACGUCCUUCCACGGGCUGGAGGUGCCGUUCCGGAACUUCAACCUCGCUCUUUUGGACAAUGUCUCGGCGGAGUACUCAUUCGUGACGGAGAUGUUCUCGUCGCUGUCCUUCCAGCAGAUCUCGCGCAAAGCGGUGGAGAUCUUCGAGCCGGUUUUUGCUCUCGGGCAGAGCAUGACGAAGCAGCUGAUCGAGCACGCGACGGACGCACUGGGGGUGCUGAUGUGCGUGCGGCUGAACCAGCAGGCGGCGUUCGAGCUGCAGCGCCGCAAGGUGCCCGUGGCCGACUCGUACAUCAACGGGGUGAACAUGCAGCUGUGGCCGCGGUUCCAGGUGAUCAUGGACACGCAGUGCGAGUCGCUGAAGCGGGUGGCGGUGAACACGGGGCGCAGUGCGGUGUCGGCGCUGUCGAUCGCGGGGGGCGACGACCUGAACAAGUCGUCGGCGCCGCACUUCCUCACGCAGCGGUUCGGCCAGCUGCUGCACGGCAUCCUGGUGCUCAGCAGCGAGGCCGGGGACGACGAGCCGGUGGCGAACAGCCUGGGCCGGUUGACGGCGGAAUUCGACAACCUGCUGGCCAAGCUCAGCCGCAUUGGCGGCGACGCCAAACGGAGAGAGCGCUUUCUGUACAACAACUACUCGCUUGUUCUGGCUAUUAUCAGUGAUACCCAUGGCAAAUUAGCAGCCGAGCAGAAGCAGCAGCGCAGCAGCAGAAGCAGACAUAAUAACAUGGCCACGCGCGCCCUUCGGUCCCUGUCUCUGCCUUCGCGCGGGCGCGGGUUCGCCAGCUCGCGCGCCUCGCGGGCCGACGUCACUCAUGCGGUCAUCGGCGGCGGAGUCGUCGGAUUGGCGGUGGCGCGGCAGCUCGCGAUGAAGGAGGGGACGUCGACGGUGUUGCUGGAGAGGCAUGAGGGGCCGGGGAUGGAGACGAGUAGUCGCAAUUCGGAGGUAAUCCACGCCGGGCUAUACUACGGCACCUCGACGCUGAAAACGACGCUCUGCAUCCGGGGCAAGCAACUGCUCUACUCGCUGUGUGAAAGACAACAAAUCCCCCACCGCAACACCUCCAAAUGGAUCGUCGCGCAGACCGCCGAACAAUGGGCCGCGUGUCUCCGCACGCACGCACACGCGCAGAACAUCGGGGUGCCGACCCGGAUCCUCAGCGCGUCGGAAGCGCGGCGUCGCGAACCAGAAGUCCAAGCGCUGGCGGGAGUAGUCGAGAGCCCGACGACGGGGAUCGUGGACAGCCACUCCCUGAUGCUGUAUCUGCAGGGCGACUACGAGGAGCGCGGGGGGGACAUGGCCUUCCUGACGACUGUCACGGGGAUUGAGCACCUCGGAUCGGGCGACGGGUACAGAAUCAAGACGGUGUCGGCGGACGGCACAGAGAGUGAGAUCACCGCCGAGACGGUGAUCAACAGCGCUGGCAACGGCGCGUGCGCUAUCAAUAACAUGCUCCUCCCGCCUGCCCGACACCGCAAGGCGUACUACGCCAAGGGAACCUAUUUCUCCUACUCGGCCUCAAGACCCAAGACCUCCGUGCUGGUCUAUCCGGCUACGUUACCUGGGUUCGGCGGCCUAGGGACACAUCUCACCCUGGACAUGGGCGGGCGGAUCCGAUUUGGGCCGGAUGUCGAGUGGGUGGAGGACCCCGCGGACUUGAGGCCCAGUCCGGAUCGCUUGCCGCAGGCGCUCGGCGAGAUCAGGGCCUAUUUGCCGAAUGUGGAUGUGCAGGCCAUCGGGCUGGAUUAUUGUGGCAUUCGGCCCAAGUUGGGCGAUGGCGGCGCGGUCAAUACCGGCAAGGGGUUCCAGGACUUUGUCAUCCAGGAGGAGGAGGGGUUUCCGGGGUUUGUCAAUUUGUUGGGCAUUGAGAGUCCGGGGUUGACGAGUAGUUUGGCGAUUGGGGAGAGGGUGGGGGAGAUUUUGUAUGGGUAGGGGAUACUAUCUUGUGGUGGAAGUCAGAAGGGAGAAGUGGGACGGGAAGCGAGGGCUGUAGAUACAUAGACGGACAUAGACGGACAUGGACAUGGACAUGGACACAACUAUCGAGUGGUUGCCUCGCCUGCCUCGCCUGCCUUGCAUACAGCACCAGCAC